AACGAAAACCCGGAUAAGUUUAGGGGGUUGUGCAUGAUUUUAAUUGGUUUGGCUUUCUUCAAACCACAACUAAAGCUAUUCUAAAUGACAGAAGAAAUCAGAGGCCGAGCCACAAAGUAUGCAGUAGUUACAGGGGCAAACAAAGGGAUUGGAUUCGCAAUAUGCAGGCAGCUUGCUUCCCAGGGAGUAGUUGUGGUUUUGACUGCUAGAAAUGAGAAGAGAGGGGUUGAAGCUCUAGAGAAGCUCAAAGGGUUACACAAUCAAUGGAAGAGGGUGGUAUUAAGAAAUCAAUUGCAGGUAUUGAGCGUAUUGUUACAGAUUAUGAGUUGACAAAAUAAUGCCUAGAGACAAACUUCUAUGGUGCAAAAAGAAUGAUUGAAGCAUUUAUUCCCCUCCUUCAGCUCUCUAAUUCCCCAAGAAUUGUUAGUGUCGCUUCUUUCUUGGGGAAGUUAAAAGGUAAUGAAAUCAUAACUGUAUAUAUCAUAAUAUGUGUACCCUCUAAAUUAUGUUGAGGUUAACUUCUAUA